GAGGCGCACUCGGACGAGGACACGCCGACCUCGGACGACCUGGAGCAGUUCGCCAAGCAGUUCAAGCAGCGGCGGAUAAAGCUGGGAUUUACCCAAGCGGACGUGGGGCUGGCGCUGGGCACGCUGUACGGCAACGUCUUCUCGCAGACCACCAUCUGCCGCUUCGAGGCCCUGCAGCUCAGCUUCAAGAACAUGUGCAAGCUGAAGCCGCUGCUGAACAAGUGGCUGGAGGAGGCCGACUCCUCCACCGGCAGCCCCACCAGCAUCGACAAGAUCGCGGCACAGGGCAGGAAGAGGAAGAAGCGCACCUCCAUCGAGGUGAGUGUCAAAGGCGUGCUGGAGACGCACUUCCUCAAGUGCCCCAAACCGGCCGCGCAGGAGAUCUCCUCGCUGGCGGACAGCCUGCAGCUGGAGAAGGAGGUAGUGCGGGUCUGGUUCUGCAACCGGCGGCAGAAGGAGAAGCGCAUGACGCCGCCGGGCGAGCAGCAGCAGCACGAGGUGUACGCGCACGGCGUCAAAACGGACUCGGCCUGUCACGACCUCUGA